AUGGCUCGGUUUGCUGCUUGGUCACUGGCCGUGUUUACCGGGGUGGCGCUUGCCGUUUCUUCCAACGACUUGGGCUCCGUUCUCCAAGAGCAUCAAAAUCUGACCACUUUUUACAACUUGAUCAAGAACAACUCCGAUGUACUCUUGGAACUUCCUAGCUACAAUGGCGUGACUCCGUGCCCCCAGAUCCUCGCGCCGUCGGACAAGGCCUUUGAGGAUAUCCCCUACACCUCCCUCAACGGCGUUUGGGACCCCAACGACCACGCCAAGACGACCGCCUUCCUACAGUACCACGUCAUCCGGGGCAGCGUCUCUGUCGGGGACCUCGAGGCCGGGCCGACCUAUCUGGAGCCGACGCUGCUGACCGGCGCCGCCGCGCCCGCGUGGACCAACGUGACCGCCGGCCAGAACGUGCUCCUCACGCGGCAGCCCGGCGACGCCGCCGUGCUGACCAGCGGCCUCGGCGCGCGCUGCACCAUAAUCGAGCGCGAUCUCGACUUCCGCGGCGGCCGCGUCCAGGUGGUCGACCACCUGCUGAUGCCGCCCGCGCCGCUGCGCCAGACCGCAGAGGCCUUCCAGGCCGGCUCCUUCGUCGCCGCGCUGUACGCCGCAGGGCUGAUGCCGGACGUCGGCGACCGGCCCAACGUGACCGUUUUCGCGCCGCGGGACGCCGCCGUCGACCUGGUCGGGGGCUCGCUGCGGGCGCUGGACCGCGCGUCGCUGUCGCGCGUCGCCGCCUACCACGUCGUGCCGGGCCGGGUCCUGUCCUCGGCGGACCUCGCCAAUGGCAGCGUGCUGGCUACCCUGGGCGCCGGUGGUAGUGGUAACGGGACGGCGCCGGGGUUGACGGUCCGGCAGGAGGGCAACAACAAGUUCGUCAACACCGCGCAGAUCGUCCAGCCGGACAUCCUACUCGCCAACGGCAUCAUGCACCUCGUCGCCGACGUGCUCAACCCAGACGCGACCGCCGCGGCGCCCAACGCCAGCGCGCCCACCCAAGCGCCAGCCUUCCCCGUAAGCGUCGCCAGCAGCCCGUUCGCUUCAGCGCUGCCGUGCACGACCAACUGCCCAAGCAGCACGGGAGGCGCCACUGCGUCGCCGACGACGACCACGGCCGUUGGCGGCAAGUCCAAGUCGAGCGAGAACCCCGGCGUCCCGGCGCCGACCGUCCAUGCGGCCGUGGCGGCGUUGGGUGUCUUGGGCGCCGGCCUACUACUGUAG